AUGAAACUGGGCCCGGCACCACUGCUCGAUCUAGACAUGUCACUCGCGGGCGUAGUGGGGAGCUCCACGUCGCCUGACGCGUCAACGCAGGUCCCACAGCCGUCGUCGCAGUCCCUGGAGUCCUUCGACGCGUGGUCCCCCCCGCGAUGUUGCGUGCAUCCUGGGCAGGCACACUGCAAACCGCAACAGCACCCUGACCCGGCCAAUGAGGCAAUUGCGCUGAGUGGUGGAAUUACCGGGAACUCGGGCAUCGACGAGCCGGAGGCGAACGCCGCAUGCAAGGACCUGGUGCCAAGAAUCGGGGGUAGUUCUGGACCUUUUGUCGGUGGCGAUAGGUGA